AAAAUUUACUUAGUUUUAAUAAAGUAAAAUAAAUAUAUUGCAAAAUUAAUAAUUAAAUGUUUUAAAUAACAAAAUUACAAGAAAAAUACUUAAUUAAUUAAGUAGAUCAAUUUUGGUGUCGAUAUUUUGUAUAAUAAAUUACUAAUGUCAUUUGAUACCUGAUUGCUAACACGUACUCAAUAUUAAAAAAUAAAAAAUAAUUUAAUAAUGUUAUCAACUUUUAAAUCAGUAUCGCCAUAUUUUAAACCAAAACAAGUGAAAGUCGAUAAUUUAAUAUUUCGAUUACAUUAUAGAUGGACAUUUUUAAUAUUAGUUGUGGCAACCGUUUUAGUAACCUCACGACAAUAUAUUGGAGAACAUAUUAAAUGCAUUGAACAAUCUGGUAAACCAUUGGAACAUGUUAUUGAAACAUAUUGUUUUUUUACAACAACAUUUACGUUAUUGCACCAUAAUAAUUUAACUGCAGUAGAAAAAGGUAUUGUACCACAUCCUGGCGUUGGACCUUUUCAAUAUGAAGAGGAUCCAAUUAAAAGGCAUGCUUAUUACCAAUGGGUCCCAUUUAUUUUAUUUGGUCAAGCAUUAUUAUUUUAUAUACCACAUUAUUUUUGGAAAAAAUGGGAAGGUGGUAAAAUUUUCAACUUAGUUAAUGGAUUACGUAUUGUUAAAUUAUCAAAAUAUGUUAAGGAAGAUUUUAAAUUAGAAAAUAAAACCAAAAUAUUUUCAAAAAAAACAUUGGAUAAAAAAACUGAAACUAUAACCAUUGCAUUUAAAAAUCAUUUAAAAAUAAAUUCUUUAUUUGGACCAAAAAUGAUUUUAUGUGAAAUUAUGAAUGUUUUAAAUAUAUUUUUACAAGUUUAUAUGACGAAUUCAUUUUUGGGUGGCCUUUUUUUAAGUUUAGGACCAGCAUUUUUGAAUGAAACAUGGGAUCAUAAAAUGGAUGCAUUAGAUAUAAUAUUUCCUAAGGUUACUAAAUGCAGUUUUUAUAAAUAUGGCCCUAGUGGUGGUAUACAAUUGCAUGAUGCUUUAUGUAUUUUGGCAUUAAAUGUUAUUAAUGAAAAAAUUUAUACUUUUUUAUGGUUUUGGUUCUUAUUUUUGUCCAUAUUAAGUUUCUUAUCAAUUGUAUGGAGAAUUUUUACUUUGUUUAUGCAUAAGAAUCCUGCAUUUAAUCAAUUUGUAUUUUCGUAUGCUAGUCCAGGACGCUUAAAUCAAGAUGAUAUUGAAAUCGUUACAAAACGCAUAAAUUUCUCAAAUUGGAUGUUUUUAUAUUAUUUGGCGUGUAAUUUGAGUGGUCAUAUAUUUCGUGAUGUUUUAAAUCAUUUGGCAAAUGAAUUUCACACAGAAAACUCUGACGGGAACGAUGAUCAAUAUAAUGGUGAUUAUAAAAGCGGACUAAAUUUGAACGAACAAAAUGAAAAACAACCACUAUAUGGUGAAUAUUCAUCGUCAGCAGACAAACUAAAUAUAAAUAUACAAAAUGAAAAACAAUAAUUUUGUAUAUUCUGUUAAAAAGUUUAAAACUAUACUGUAAAAAUUUAUUUUUUAAAUGUUAUAAAUAAAAAAGAAAUGACAAAAUUAAGUUUAUUGUUAAAUAUUAUUAGUGAUUAGUAUAUUUUAUAUUUACUAAA